AUGAUUGGGGCAGAACACAACUUUGUUGUCGGUUGCGGAACAAGUGCACCACUUGAAGAGAACCUUAGGAAGGUGAGAGAAGCCAGUAAGCCACUGACCAAACAGGACGUUCGGUCAUUCCUUGACCUAACCGGGUACUAUCAUGUGUUUGUUCCAAAUUACGCAGCUAUAGCUGUAUUGCUGACAGAUGCUCCGAGGAAAGGACAACCCAACCAAGUGAUCUGGACUGCUGCUCAGGAGAAGGCGUACACGACAUUGAAGGCUAUGAUAACAAGUCACCCAAUUCUCCACCUUUCAGAUCAUAGCAAGCCAUUCCUCUUACAGACAGACGCUUCUGAGGAUGUACUAAAGAAACUGAUGGUUUGGGCAGCUGAUCUUAGUCAACCUAUUUGCUGGAGACCAAGUUGA